CCAUCUUGAAAUUGUCCCGACCAGAGGAGGCGAGGGGGAGACGGAUUUGGGAAAACCAGCUCAUUUCCAACUCGAUAACUGCAAUAGCUACAUGGAUUAACGGGACCUUUAGUGGUUGGUGCUAUCGUGUGAUAGUGUUUCCACAUAUUCAUUCAACUAAUUUUGACCAAGGAAGGCGAUUUUGCCCACUUUGGAGAAGGCUAACACAUCGUAAACGGUUGUUUCCCUGCUGGAGUGGACGGAGCUGUGGCUGUGGCCGGGCAGCCCCGGCGGACUGUCGGACGAAACUGAGGCUUCCACACGGAAUAUAACAACAAAAACAUUUUAAUCCAGCUGUUUUUGUGACAGGGGAGUGAAAAUGCGCAUUUCAACGCUAGUUUGACGUUUUCCAGCUUUGCGAUCGAGCUCACUGAGGAGAAGUUGGAUUGGAGAGCGGAGUGCGCUUGCUUUGCAGUCCGAUGGAUGUUAGCCCUCCCUGGCUGUGGCUCUGCUCACUGCUCCGCUGGUCUGAGAAUAACAGGCACAGGUGAACAGGUCUGAUCAUAACAAUGCUGCAGAUCUGGCUAUUACACGACAACCUCGGCUUGAACGCCAACAAGUCUCCCUCUAUUGCUUGUCUGUAAACCUGGAAAUACUACAAGCCAUCCCCAUCCUCUUCUUCAUCCUCCUCCUCUUCCUCCCCUCGUCUCUUUUAGGAGGUUUGCAUUACCGGGAAUAUUUAGGAUUUAGGCUCGAUCCCCACAUUUUAAAGAUGUCCUUUUUACAGAGACAAUUCUCCUUUGAGCAGCAAGACAUUUGAUUUCACUCAGUCGUUUCGAGCUUUGGGGGGAUUUUUGUUGCGUUUUAAUUCUCUUUAUAGCCAGAGGAUCUGAUUCGGAUGGAAAAUGGGAGACGCCACCAAACUGGCCUUCGCUGUUUUCCUCAUCUCCUGCUCUUCAGGUGCCAUCCUAGGACGCUCAGAGACUCAGGAGUGCGUCUAUUACAAUUCCAGCUGGGAGAAGGAGCGCACCAACCGCAGCGGCAUCGAGCCCUGCUAUGGCGAGAAAGACAAGCGACGGCACUGUUUCGCCACAUGGAAGAAUGUCUCCGGCACCGUCGAGGUCGUCAAGCAAGGCUGCUGGCUGGACGAUGUCAACUGCUACGACAGUAAUGAGUGUGUGGAGAGGAAGGAGAGUCCCGACGUUUUCUUCUGCUGCUGUGAAGGCAACAUGUGCAACGAGAGGUUCCUGUAUGCUCCUGAAGCACCCCCACAAAGUGACCCGCACCAUUCAACUGCCUACAGUAUGUACAGUCCAACAUCCACCUCCAACCCAUUCUCCCAGAAGCCCCAGCUCUUCAGCACUCUGCUUUACUCCCUGGUUCCCAUCAUAGGCCUGGCUGCAGUUGUUCUCUUCUCCUUCUGGAUGUGGAGACACCACAAACUGGCUUACCCAGCCGCGCUUGUUCCCACACAUGAUCCUGGACCCUCACCUCCAUCCCCUGUUUUGGGACACAAGCCACUGCAGCUGAUUGAGGUGAAAGCAAGGGGGCGCUUUGGAUGUGUGUGGAAGGCCCAGCUGCUGAAUGAAUAUGUGGCCGUUAAGAUCUUCCCGAUUCAGGACAAGCUGUCUUGGCAGAGCGAGUAUGAGAUCUACAGCGUGAGCGGCAUGAAGCACGAAAACAUCCUCCAUUUCAUUGGCGUGGAGAAGAGGAACAACAACCUGGACCUGGAGCUGUGGCUCAUCACCGCCUACCAUGACAAGGGCUCGCUAACAGACUACCUGAAGGCCAGUGUCGUGUCCUGGAACGAGCUGUGCCAUAUUGCCCAGACGGCGGCCCGUGGCCUGGCCUACCUUCACGAAGACAUCCCGGGACACAAGGAAGGACACAAGCCUUCCAUCGCUCACAGGGACAUUAAGAGUAAGAAUGUGCUACUGAAGAGUAACCUGACAGCCUGCAUAGCUGACUUUGGCCUUGCCCUGAAGUUUGAAGCUGGAAAAUCAGUAGGAGAUACACACGGACAGGUGGGAACACGGCGUUACAUGGCUCCUGAAGUCCUGGAGGGUGCCAUCAACUUCCAGCGUGACUCCUUCCUGCGUAUCGACAUGUAUGCAUUUGGCCUCGUCCUCUGGGAGCUUGCAUCGCGAUGCACAGCUGCCGACGGCCCAGUGGACGAGUACAUGCUCCCAUUUGAGGAGGAGGUUGGUCAGCAUCCAUCUCUGGAGGACAUGCAGGAGGUCGUGGUGCAUAAGAAACUGCGGCCUUGCCUGCGGGACUGCUGGCAGAAACACACGGGUCUGGCCAUGCUUUGUGAAACCAUCGAGGACUGCUGGGACCAUGAGGCGGAGGCUCGCCUGUCUGCCGGCUGCGUCGAGGAGCGCAUCGGCCAGAUGCAGCGCCAGGCCCCCAUAAUCGGCCCCGAGGAAAUCGUCACAGUUGUCACCAUGGUGACCAACGUGGACCUCCCACCCAAGGAGUCCAGCUUAUGAUCUGCCAAUCAGAAGACACCGGAUGAACUUACAGAAACACGGAUCAACACAAGAGGAUGGACAGCCGACCCUGGUUGGUUGGCGUAGUGUUGUUUUCUGUUUCCUUUGGUUUUUGUCUUUUUUUCCUUUCUUUCUUUCUCGUUUCUUUAAGUGCGGGCCGCUACUCACGUUCAGGAAACACCCUGCGCCCACCUCACCACAUCAGUUUGUAUCCACCUCAUUUUGAUAUGUGUGCCUGAGGAUUUUAACAUGUUAACUUUCAGAACUCAUCUCGAGCAAACGAUUCAGGAUAUUUACAACGUCACCAAGUGGCAGUGCUGACAUGCUGGGACAACGACACUCAACAGACACUUUUAUCAUGUCUUGUUUUUAUAUACAUACACAUACAUAGGAGGGCGACUUGUUCUGCUCGGUCUUCUACAGAGAGAGAAGAUCUUGCAGAGAAAUUUCACAGAACUCUCAGUGCAUUUAGUGUAAAACAAAAAGAAAAAGAAAAAAAGAGGAGCACCUGGCUCUGGAUACAUUUGCUGUUUUCUCGUGUGCUUUUUUUUUUGGAAGAAAUGACUAUCGUUCUGCCAAUAAGCAACGGCUUCUGAAUGUUUAUAGUGUAAUGCUGCUGUACAUAAUGUAUUAUGGACCCAGACAACUUGUUAAUCAAGCUUAUUUUAAAGGGGGAGGGGGGCCCAUUUUCAAGCAUUACGAUGAUACAGAACCAUAAACCUCCUUCAACCAGGUAUACCUCAGUUCAGAUGGACACCGUUUAAAGUACUCCCUCUCCCUGCUCACAGUCACGGCUCCCACUUUUCACAACCUUGGCUCUUCAUGACAUCCAGUCAGUCUGCCAUGACACUCAUGGGUAGUGUAGUCAGUAACGCCUCCAUAUCCAUGGCCAUACUCUCCCUUUUCUCUCCCAUCUCUCAGCCUCACAUUUAAUGUUGCUACACUUUGAUUUAUGAAUAAUAACUGUCUCCUUUUGUUUGUUUUCUUUUGGUCUCUUUGAGAUUUCCUUCUUACCCCCACGAUGAUGUUGUCAUUUAGAGUGAUUGUUCUGUUUUGCUUUGCUGUGUCCACUGUCAGUGGAGUAAUAAUAUCUGUAGCUGAUAAGCCUAACUUUGGCCGGGAGAUGUGGAUAUACAGUAUAUGUAUUUAUACCUUUCUGGAUUAGCGCUAGGUACCCACUCAUGAUACCUGUCAUUUUUGGUAUCAGUACCAAAUCAGAAGGUAUUAAAACGCUUCAAGACUGUCAGAUUCUUGGAGCAUGUUCUUCUUGUUUAGGCUUUUAUUUUGUGAAAUCAGUUUUAUGUGGUCUAAUUGUAUUUAGAAAAAAAACAGAUUAACAAAGUAAGAUCAUUUGUAUGUUUAUUUUAUGAGAGGUAUCAGAUUUGAAUUGCAGUUUUAAGGGUGUUUCCAGGAGUACCCCGCCCUACUUUGGAAGAGUACCUGGAUUUAGCUGAGCCAACUUGCUUUUGAUUUGAUUGCACACAUCUUUUUUGUUUGUUUGUUUUCAGAUUAACUCUCAAGAGUCUCUGCUCUCUUUUGAUACACCUCAGGAAUCUUUGCUACUCCCCACCUCCUCACAUCCUCCCCCUCAUCCUCACCUAUCUCAGAUUGCAGUACCUCCUCUCUUGCUGAUUCUUACGUGCCCCCUCUCUGUCUUUCCUCGGGUCUGUCUGUAAGGGUUUAGUCGUGCUGUCACGCUCAAAGCCAGUGUUUCCACAGACAGUUAAAUGGGAAGCUUUCCUCUGUCCUGUCUGACCAUACCUGUGUGAGUAUUUAGCAGGUUUUAUGUCUUGCGAACCAGUCUGGUAUGUUGGCUAGCUGGUAUCAAACAUUUGGCUCUGAGAGCCACUUAGUUUGCCACCUUUAAGAUUUUGUUGGAGCAGGGUAAAACAUUACCCGACAUAGCUUCGGCUAUCUGUUGCCCCAUGUCUUCACUAUCUCUAUAAGAAAGCCAGACAGGGUCUAUCCCUGACUCUGGUCAGUGUUUCUCCUGUUUCAGAGCUAACACCAACCUAUGUGAGAUUCAUUUAGCCUGGUUUGAUGCUGUGUUUUGUGAACUGGACAUCUUGGUGUGGACCAACAUGGACAGACAACAUAUCUGAUGUCUUUCUUCAGAGUUGCACACAACAUGGUUGAUGUUAACAAAUUCAACAGCUUUUACAAAGUAGGUAGGUGUUUUGAAAAGAGAAACUGCCAUUCAGGUGCAGUGUUGAGAUCUUAUUGACACUAACCCGACUGCACGGCUAACCACAGUUAGACCAGUCGAGACGAGGAUCCUCCCUUUCUCUCUGUCAUCCUGGUGCCAUUUCUCCGCAUUCAUAUUGGUUACUCUUGUAGAUGUCAGGCGAAACGGAUGUAUCUGUCAUUGUUGUGAAGGCAACAAUGACAUUUUAGAGUCUUUAUUUCCUCUGAGGGAUAUUGAACACUGGUGCCGGCAGACCUGCAGUCUCUCCUCAAGCUUUGGGGUGGUUUCACAGGACGCAGUUUAAAAUCAAGCGUUUUAGAAUCAAGUGGUGCAGUUGGAAAUACUUUAAAGGAUGAAGAACCGUCUUUCUACCCAACCAUUUCACAUUUUGGACAAUAAUCAUUAGACUUUUUCAUAACAAGUUUAGCAUUGUAAGCAAGCAAUGUACUGUAGUGCUCAAGGCAAUACGUAAGUAAAACAGUAAAAAUGAUUUAUGAUCAUUUGGAUAAAAUCUGGAUAGGGGAGCCUAAUCAGAUCCUCCCACUCUGCACAGCAAACAAUCAAGGCAGUAAUUGGGUUAGGUUUUUGUUUUGUGUGCUUAUAUUUACCCCAACUAUUCUGUGAUACAUGAUGUAACAGACAUUACAGGGCCAGACUAAAUUAAUGCUAACAAUUGUCCCCCAAAAAAACCUAGUAGAACUCAAAAAGAUGUUCAGAGUUCAGAAACUGUACAAGUUCCUUGAGCAUGUUUGCAUUUGCUUUUCUGAUGCAGUUCUUAUUAAACAGUGACCAUUUGAUAAAUCAGGAGCAGGUGACAGCAGUAACACAAAUCUGAGAUAUUAUUUCAGAAACUAUUGCAACAACACAGCAAACCUGAAGGAAGUUUAAGCCAUCAUCUUAUUCACUCACUGUAGCAGAAGUGUGACAAUUGCAUCCAUGAUACUGCUUCCUUUUGCUGCUGCUGUUUUUCAGUUCACUGCCAAUGUCAAAGGUCCUCAUGAAGCUUGAACAGACAGGGAUGAUCAGCACUGCAAACCCCAGCGGCCCUUCAGUAAAUACUACCUCAUUCACAGGGAUUUCUUUUGGGUAAAAAGUAUGACAAAUAAACCAAAAUCGUAACCAGGUUCCUCUACCAGAAAAGGGAUUCAAAUUCACAAGUUCUUGAGUUUUGGUAAAGUGCUAGUUGGGUGGAUUAUUUCUGAGUAAAAUCCCAUUCCCCCCCCCAAGUAUGAUAUGAUGACUAAAAAGAAGCUUCCUCGUUUUGACCUUGAUGCAUUAUUUUGUUCUGUGGCAGUUUUUCAUGACUGUAUAAUGAUAGCAGAAGGCUUCACCGAGUGGCACAGGUGUAAAGGGAAAACACCAGUAUUAUCCUUUUUCAUCCCCAAGUUUGUGUCCUUAAAUGCAAAACUUAUUCACCAGUAUUUCAGCAGCCAGGUGGAUUUUUAAAAACAGCCUCCAAAUGUUGGUUGGUUACCUGCCAAACUGACUGGUAGAGUCGAUAAGUCUAUCAGCCACAGCAAAACAAAACAAAACACACCAGCAUUUGGGUGGCAGCCACAUCCCAGUACUGUGGGUAGACAAAGUGGAAGAUGUUCAGUGUUUGACCGCUUCAGUUUAAAUUGCGCCUGAGAAACCAACCCAAACCAAAUACCAUUCAGGGAUUCAGUACUAUGCUUUUCUAAGUUCUAGCGAGUUAUAUGCAACCAGUGCUGUAAACUACCCUACACUUCUGUAGGAUCAGCUGCAGGAGUGACUUUCAAUAUACACAAACACAAAUAACUUGUAGCAUUUUAAUUUUUUUUUAUCUGUGACCUUGCAUAUUGAUAUGUUGUAUUUAUUUUUCAAUUUACAGGCCUGGGGGUUUGGGGAUCAGAGCUCAGGUGCAACUCGGAAUCAAGUUGUAAGAGUUGGCACGAUUUCUGGUUGUUGGGGUGUUGUGGGUGGGUGCUCGGUUGUAAUUCAGGAAACACUUUCAGUAAUUCAAAAAGAAAAAAUAUAAACUAUAACGUGCUUGUUUCUAUUCAGUGUAUGGACAAACAACCGAGAAUGAAUGUUCUUCAGACUCCUGGAUUCCAGUAUUGUGUGUAUUUUGGUGGAUUGAGCCCGGCCCUGUGUAACUUUAGAGGGCUUUGUGUUUGGCUGGUUUCGUGUGAUUGUGCCCUGUCGCUGUAGAAACAAGUAAAACUGAAGCACUCAAAGAAGCAUUCAUACACCUGUUGGUUGUGCGGUUACCUUCUGGAGGUGUGAAGCAGUAGCUGCUGUAAAGGAGGUGAACUAGCGGGCCAAAAGCACAGUCCAGCUAGAGAGACAAGAAAACAGUAAAGGCUAAAUUUGUUAAGCUCCCAUGGAGAGUCGUGAAGUUUGUGGCCUUCCUCGUUCCUUUGAGCCUCAGUCAGACAUCAGUGCAGCAGCCAAAUCUCCACAACCUUCUUCUCAGGCGCCUUAAUUUUAUAAAGGUUUUUCAGUUUAUCCAAAAUAAAUCUAUGGCUCUAUUUGCCUUGGUUAAGGCAGGUGAGACGACCUCAGAACAAAUGACAGAUCGAUUUCCCCUCAGAAUAAACCUGUUCUCACUCAACUAAAAGUCCAGUCUGAACUUGAUCAGUUUAAGGUGUAUGAAUGGGUUUCCUGAGUGCGCUGGCUUUACCUUGUUCUCUCUCGACUUCCUCCAGCCCGGCACCUCACAUUGCUGUGCGUAUAAACUACCAGUGAAACAUUUGUCUUGUUGCCCCCACUAUUUUAAGCAGUCUAGGAAAUGUACAGACAUGAGAACAUAAGUACCUGUAUCAACUAUAUACUCUGAGCUGAUUCUUUAUACAGUAGGUGUGUGUUAAACUUCAGUGUUUCCUCUACAUUCAUUUAUACUUCCCUUGUUUCCACCUGGCAGCAGGGCCCAGCCUAGCUGUGUCAAGAGGUUGUCCUGCAGUAUGCGAAAAGUUGAGCUCUGUGCAAGCUAAAAGCCAGAGGCUCAUUGGAGUACUUAAGGAAAGCAAGAAAGCACUUGAUUGGAGCUGUUGCAAUAUUCCAUAUAUGAUAAUAGUCAUCUACAACAGGUAUUUCAUUCCAGCAUCUCGAUCACCUGCUUUUUUUCACUGCUGGUAAGAAUUUUAGAGGAAACAUUGAACUCCAGUGACCUCGCCACUCGGACUGUCUUGACAGCAAGAUAAGUCCGGUUGCCAGGCCUGAUAUUUCUACAGAGAAACAAACACUACAUGCAUUUUUGACCCCACAUUUUUUCCAGGCUCUCCAGUUGCAGCGCUGAUCCAGAAUCUACCAACACAGCCUGUAGAGGUAAUGAUGCUCCCAGAGUUUCUGGGUUUCAAGGCUGGACUAUCUCAUCUUUAGUCUUUUUGGUCAGUGGGUUGUGUUUAAAAAUAAAAAAUCUCAAUGUCCUGUUUCAUUACACCUGAUACACGUGACUACAAAAAUGUGUAAAUAGGCCAAGUAGCUCUGGAAUCUCAAACUAGAAAAUGUAAAUACAUCCCCCCUUGACCUUUGACCUCCCAGUGUAGGGACAAGGGAGGAAUACAGAAGAGUAUUAUAACAGAAAAAAACAUUGGAUAUUUAAUCAGAGACAAAACUGGUCCUGGAUCAGCGCUGUGACUCAAGGCUAAUGUUAGCCAGCUGUGGUUUUUAUCAGCUAAAGUGAUCCAUGUGAUGUAAAUAAAUGUGUUUUUAGAUUGUGAA